UGCCUCUCGAGUCCAUGUGGGAGUGCCGCAGUCGUGCAAGUAGAUAGGUUUGCGGGCCGCGGAGUUGCCUUUUGUGGACACCUUGCAUAGUCAUGGGUUGAAACUCUACCAUUUGGACAUCCUAGUGUAACAUUCUGCCUGCUCACGCGUACAACGCGAUGGCUUCAGGUAGCCCAGAUGACUCUGGUCGGCAAGCUAUCCUUCCAUGGACACCAGGCGAUGCGUCUGAGACUGCAACCGAAGCUCUCCAAGCAUUGGACACUUACAAGAAGAAGGAUCCAUCCAAAGUGGUGGUUCGCUUCAAGGCAGUCGGUAAUGCACCGAUUAUGAGGCAGAACUUCUAUAAGAUUACUGCCUCCAACCGUUUCCAGGCAGUCAUACAGUUUUUGAGGAAAGAGCUGAGCUGGAAAGCCGGGGAUCCACUGUUCACAUAUAUCAACCUCGCAUUUUCUCCCGCUCCAGACGAUACAGUGUCUAAUUUGUACAAGUCGUUCGCUACGGAAGGACAUCUGAUAGUCAACUACAGCACGACGGCUGCAUGGGGGUAACGCUCUUGCCGAUGAGCGAUGUCUUGUAUUUUCUUUUGUUUUGCGCACAAUUGUGUCACCACCCAACCAUACACUCGCCACGGUUUAAUACGAAUUCUUCGUUUCGCUACUUCUCUUCGAGGGCCAUGCACCAAUCUUAUCGAAGAUUAGAAUGACAUACAUCGUCGACAUGCACGAUAAAUACUCUAUUUAUACUUUCCCCCUGCACAUGCUUAUCAUUGUGCGCUACCAUACUGGAUGACGA